AUGGAAAACUUGGAGAUACAAGGUGAACCUGAACAUGAGAACGAAAGCCUACCUAAGCUCUUAGAACAAUGUGCGCUUGUGGUGGAUUGCAGUUUCAGGGAGGACGAUAUUGUAAAACGUACCAGAAUCAAUAUGCUGGAAAAGUACCUCAUAUUAAUACUUCUACCAACUGUUGUGUACAGCCAUAUAAAAAUUAAUAUCAAACCCAACCAAGAUGGUACCGAUGCUACUGUUGAUUUACAUGGCCAAGAGAAGGUCGACGUUAGCGACAAAGACCGAAAAGUUUUCAGGAUCGAUGAUGGAACUUUAAAAAGAGCAUCUGAAAAAUACAUGGGAAAACGAUGCGGUGAUGUUUAUGUUAAACCUCCGACACCUUGGGGAGACGUGUUCGAAAAAUAUGGAUGGGAAGUUGUUAGGAAGACUGUCACACCGGUUAAAGCCAGAGUAGUCGGCAUAAAUUCAAAACCUGUUGCUUUUGGCAAUGCGGAAUAUGUUAAUAAUCAUGACUCAUUAAAUGUUACGUACAGCACGAGCGUGACUCACCAGGUUGAAGAGUCAGUCAGCCAUUCUUGGAGUACAGGUGGAGAAGUGGGACUAGGAAUGGAAAUUUCAUACAGUGUUAACUUUGGUGCAGGCAGUGCAGGCGGAAGUGCCUCAAUGUCAUACACUGCAAGUUGGGGUGAGGAAACAUCAAAAUCAAGGGCAGUUACCCUCGGUACUACUUCAACAGUACUGGUUGUUGUUCCUCCAAAACAUAUGGUAAGAGCAUCACUUCAGGCCACAGAAGGAACGAUGGAUAUUGAGAUUAAAUAUAAGUCCCGUCUUAGUGGAAAAGUAUUUUGUAACUAUCCCGGUAAGUAUAAAGGUCACUAUUUCUAUUCGAUGCCAUUAGUUUAUCUAUUGAAAACUGUAGAUGUACCAGUGGAUGUGUACUCCACUGAGAUUAUUUCGAUUGGUUUCUAUACCACUGCUAGAACAGUAGUGAACAAUGGCACUAGUCCCAAUUAA